GUGGGCGGGACCUAGGGAGGGAAGCUUUGAAGGGGGCCGGGGCUGCGGGAGCAAGACGCGGGAAUCGAGCCGAGCUGGAGCUGAGAGCCGGAGGAACCCCGAGCAGGCUAAGUGAAUCUGCACUGGCCCUGCUGUUUCUUUGGACAUUCCGUGCUCUUCCCUCGCUCGAGACUUAUCCAGAAGGGAGAACAAAGCUGCCAGAUCCCGGGCUCCAACCUCAGGAGAAAGGAUCUUUAGGGAUCGAGGCCAAGUUCCUGUGAGAGGAGGAUUUUGUGGCGGUUGUCUUCUCGCCCUUCUUUGUCCUUUAGCUUCUCCUCCUCCGUCUGUUUUGUACCUUCCCUCUGCCCCUUCCUUCCCUCGCAUAUCUGUCCGUGCCUCCCUCUUCUCUGUUUUGUUUCCCUCCCCCCAGCUUCCUAUCUCCUCUGGUCUCCUGCUGCCCUUCCAGUCUCCUUUUCUCGUCUGUCUCUUCUCUCUCUUUGCCUUCCAGUUACCCCCUCCCUUCUGCUUCCUCCUCUCCUGUUUCCCGGCUACAGACUGCUCCAGAACUGGAUAAAAAUAGAGGUGGCAGUGGCGGGCAACCAGGACCCCCAGACUGACAGAGCUGGAAGCCACGUGAAGCCAGGGGCAGCACUGCCAUGACGACCAGUCACAGGCCACAGGACAGGUACAAGGCGGUAUGGUUUAUCUUCUUCGUGCUGGGGCUGGGCACCCUGCUACCAUGGAAUUUCUUUAUGACUGCCACCAUGUACUUCAGAAGCCGCCUGGGCCCACCCCAGAAUAACUCCUUGCCGGAGGAAAACAGGGACCUCCUUGCCAACACAUCGUUACCCCAACUGAAGCCUGGUUUCCUAGACUCCAUCUUCAACAAUGUCAUGACCAUAUGUGCCAUGCUUCCCCUGUUGGUCUUCACCUGUCUCAACUCUUUCCUGCAUCAGAGGAUCCCUCAGGCCCUGAGGAUCCUGGGCAGUCUGGUGGCCAUCCUGCUGAUGUUUACCGUGACAGCCAUCCUGGUGAAAGUGAACCUUGAUCCCGUGUCCUUCUUCACUGUUACCAUGAUCAAGAUUGUCAUCAUCAACUCAUUUGGAGCCCUUCUACAGGGCAGCCUGUUUGGCCUGGCUGGCCUCCUGCCUACCAGCUACACAGUUCCCAUCAUGAGCGGCCAGGGCCUGGCCGGAACCUUCGCUGCCAUGGCCAUGAUCUGCGCCAUUGCCAGUGGUUCAAAACUGGAACAAAGUGCUUUUGGAUACUUUAUCACUGCCUGUGUGGUCAUUGUCCUUUCUAUCAUAUGCUAUGUGGUCCUGCCUCGCCUGAAAUUCUACCAGUAUUACCAGCAAGCAAAGGUGGAAACUCUUGGGGAGCAAGAAACCAAAAUGGAUUUGAUUCGAAGAGGAGAUAAUUGUGCCAAGAGUGGAGAAGGAGGGAUGUCAAAGUCCAGCACACAUGAGAGGCCUUCCAUUAUAGCGAUCCUCAAACAGAUCUGGGUUCUGGCAUUGUCUGUCUGCUUUGUCUUCACCGUCACCAUCGGCGUGUUCCCUUCUGUGACCGCUGAGGUCCAGUCCACCAUUGCAGGGACCAGUGACUGGAAUAAGUAUUUCAUUCCUGUCUCCUGCUUCUUCACUUUCAACGUCUUUGAUUGGGCUGGCCGGAGCCUCACUACCGUCUACAUGUGGCCAAAGAAGGAGAGCCGAUGGCUGCUGCCUUCCCUGGUGGUGGCGAGGAUCGUUUUCGUGCCGCUGAUGAUGCUGUGCAACGUCCAUCCGAGGAAGAACCUGCCCGUGGUCUUCCACCAUGAUGCCUGGUUCAUCAUCUUCAUGAUAUUCUUUGCCUUCUCCAACGGCUACCUCGCCAGCCUCUGCAUGUGUUUUGGCCCCAAGAAAGUGAAACCUUUUGAGGCUGAGACUGCAGGUACAAUCAUGGCCUUCUUCCUCUCCCUGGGCCUGGCCCUGGGCGCCUUAUUGUCCUUCGGAUUGCGGGCUAUAGUGUGACCACUUGGAAUCUUCCAGCUGCCCUCCCUUAUUCACUUCUGACCUCUGUAUUCCCACUACCUGUGCUGGGGACGGAGGAGCAGAACUCCUUCUUUGGACACUGGGAGCCAAAGAGCUAGAGCUCUCUUAUCCUGGGGAAGGGGUCCCAGAGGACAGCACAGAGAGGUCAGUAGCUUCCUGCAGUAUUUGACUGACUGACCGACGGAACCCAACUAUGGGAAAAGCAGUGUUUAUUCCCCCCUCCCCCCCCCGCAGCUGUGUGUGUGUCUAUCCCUCUGUCUGUCUGUCUGUAUCUGGUGUCAGGGGCUAAGUGGAUGAGACGAAACAUUGCUUUAGGUCAUAUUUUUUCUGGCCAUGUUUUUCCAUCCAUCCAACCCCAGGACUUCCCCUAUUCCUAGCUUUUCCAUGUAAUAUCUCAUGUACAGUGCCAUUUAUUGCCUUUUUUAUACUCAAGACAGAAACCAGGUGCCCCUUGAAGGCAUCAAAUAAAUCAUUCGGGAUUUGUUUGUUUUU